AUGAAAAGUGCCAAUGCCAAUAAUCGCAUGGUCGAUAUUAAUAAUGCUUACAACACUGUCAGCCGCUUCCAUAAGGCGGGACAUGGACUUUCACCAUCAGACGAAUCUUUUGAAUUCUCAGAGGGUUCAACUUGUGGAUCAUCGUUUUUCAGUAACUCCAACCACAAUAAUGUACACUCGGAUUCAUAUGGAUCAACAUAUCAGCCGUGGUAUGAGGAACUUGAUCCACUCUUGUAUGAAAUGAUGUGGGAAGAAAUGCGAUGCCCAAAUGAUGAGGGCAUCAAGAUGCGUGCUCCUAUGGCCCGCGAUGAUUUCUAUCAUUCACAUUUUAAUACCGAACGACAGAAAGGUAGUAGCGGUGGUGGUGCCAGCCAACGGUCUCGGCAUCAAUAUCACAACCGGCAUCGCGUCAAAAAACAUCCAAAUAGCGAAGAGUCUUCUAAAUCAACUUCAAUGUGGCCUGAGGCUGAUUUGAAGGCCAUGGUUAACAUGUACCAAGAUGGAAAAAGCUUCGAAUUUAUUGCAAACGCUCUUGGUAAGCAAGUGCCACAGGUCAUAGACGAGUUCAACCAUUGGAGUGAUGGUCAUAAAAAAAAUCACAAGACCAUCAAUUUCAACAGACAACCGUAUUCCUCCCAGUGGAAAGGUCCAUUCUAUCAUGCUGAAUUUCCAGACGGCCCACCAUAUGACUUCCACGAUGUUGUGGACGUUGAAGACUCAGCCGAGGAUGACGAUAUGUACGGGUAUUACGUUGACGAAAACUGCAACGUUGCGAACCCAUUCAACGAUUUCGGCGGGGAUGGUGGACCAAUUCCAUAUAAUGGUGAGCAUUUUAUCAAUGGUGUCAAGCCCUCGCGUGCGUUCCACAUGAACUACGGAAAGGGCUUCAAUAAGCCUCAUAGAAACUGCUCAUCUAACAGUCGAUGGAAGAGAGACAAAAGCAAUAAUUCUUACACAAGCAACAAUAACUCUCGACGAAAGAACUAAGAUAUAUUUGAAGAAUAUAAAACUUUCCCUAAUGGAAAAUAUCACAGAGUUUUUGUAUGCUGGGGCGGUGUGAGCGUUAAGCGGUAGCCUCUUUU